ACUUUGGUUUUAGUAAUGUUUUGGUAUCUGGUUCAAGUGAACACAGUGCUGCAAAGUCUGGAUUGUAAACAUGGGGUGUUUUAUCAUGGUGUUCAGAGCUUUCCUCAAGUGGAUGAAAAUGUUCGGGUGGAUUCACAUGUACACAGCCACAGGUGGAAAAGGCACUCGGAGUCUCUUAAAUCAGUCAGUACGAACAGAGCCAGCAUGGGGCAGGAUUCCUUAGAGCCCGGGGGCUUCACAGACUUGCUACUUGAAGACGGACAUGACAAUACCACAGACAUUGAGGAGGAUACGGAUCAUAAUUACUAUACCUCGAGAACAUAUGGCCCAUUUGAAUCUACCAGCCGGGAUUUGUGGGUGAACAUAGACCAAAUGGAAAAAGACAAAGUAAAAAUCCAUGGGAUUCUCUCCAAUACUCAUCGGCAAGCAGCAAGAGUGAAUCUGUCCUUCGAUUUUCCAUUUUAUGGCCAUUUCCUACGUGAAAUUACUGUGGCAACUGGGGGUUUUAUAUAUACUGGAGAAGUUGUUCAUCGAAUGCUCACAGCCACACAAUACAUUGCACCUCUAAUGGCAAAUUUUGAUCCCAGUGUAUCAAGAAAUUCAACAGUCAGGUACUUUGAUAAUGGGACAGCACUGGUUGUCCAGUGGGAUCAUGUACAUCUCCAGGAUAAUUACAGCAUGGGCAGUUUCACUUUUCAGGCUACACUUCUCAAUGAUGGACGAAUCAUUUUUGGAUAUAAAGAAAUUCCUGUCUCAGUGACACAGAUAAGUUCAGCCAACCACCCAGUGAAAGUGGGACUCUCGGAUGCGUUUGUGGUGGUGCAUAGGAUUCAGCAAAUUCCCAAUGUCCGUAGAAGAACAAUUUAUGAGUACCACAGGGUUGAGCUACAGAUGUCAAAGAUUACCAAUCUGUCAGCUGUUGAGAUGAUACCUCUACCCACCUGUCUCCAAUUUAACAGCUGUGGUCCAUGUGUCACUGCCCAGAUUGGCUUCAACUGCAGCUGGUGUAAUAAACUCCAAAGAUGUUCCAGCGGAUUUGAUCGUCACCGGCAAGACUGGGUAGACAGUGGUUGCCCUGAAGAGGCAAAAGAUAAGAUUUGUGAAAAGAACAUAGGCACAACUGAGAUACCACCUCACACUACCACUGCCAUGCAACAAACCACUACGAAGUUCAGAGUUUUAACCACCACCAGAGGAUCCACAGCAUCCCAUCUACCAACAAGCCUGCCCACAGAAGAUGAUACCAAGAUAGCUUUGCACCUAAAGGAUAAUGGAGCCUCUACAGAUGAUAGCGCUGCAGAAAAGAAAGGUGGAACUCUUCAUGCUGGUUUAAUUGUUGGAAUUCUAAUACUGGUCCUCAUUGUAGCAGCAGCCAUCCUGGUGACUGCCUAUAUGUACCAUCAUCCGACAUCAGCAGCUAGUCUCUUCUUUAUUGAGCGUCGUCCAAGCAGAUGGCCUGCCAUGAAGUUUCGAAGAGGCUCUGGACACCCUGCCUAUGCUGAAGUGGAACCAGUUGGAGAAAAAGAAGGCUUCAUUGUAUCAGAGCAAUGCUAAAAUUUCUAGGACAGAGCACCAGUACUGGCCUACAGGUGUAAGACAUUUACAUUGCCUCUCUUUAAAGAAAAGGACCACUAGACUUCUCUAGCCUGGUAGAAAGACGUUUUUUGGAUAAGCCUUUUCCAAGAAGAAAAAAUAAUCUAUGAUACCAGAUUCCACUGCACAGAAGGUUCCCAUAGUGGAAUGAGGUACAGUAGUUCAUUCAGAACUUGCUGAGUGGCACCCUUGGUAUCAGAACUAUGGCACAGCUGCUGUUCUAUUGGCUUAGGCAUGGGGUUGCAUAGGAAACCAGAUAAUACAAUAAAGCUUUUGGUGCACAAGGGUGUGACCCUUUUGUUCAAGUGUUCUUUGGUGUCUCAAAAAUAAACUGAGUUACAAAUGAGCAGCCCUUUCAUACAAAGAGCAAUGAUUCCUGUUCACAAGGUAGCUGAGAAAAAUGAAUUCAAUGCAGGUUAAAAAAAAGCAAUUUUCUAUACUUCUACAAGUGAAUGUGGAAAUACAGUUUUGAUUUUUCAGUGCUAAACUAGCAUAACCAAGUGCGUGACUGAGUUACAGUACGUUGUAUGUUCUUUUCAAGAGUAGUAGAAUGUUUCUUGUACUUUGUUGGUUAAUAUCCUUUAAAAAGUCAUGAAAAAGAAUCUUAAUGUUAACACAAGCUGGUAAGAAACAAAAUAACAAGGAGUUUUCACUAUGGUGAAAUUAGGCUUUCUUAUCGGAGUUCACGGUGAAAUUGGGCUAAUUUUCAGUUUCAAUAUUCACUAAAAAUUAAGCAUUGGGUUUGUUUGAAGGGAUAUUGCUUGCAUUUUCAUGAAGAGGGUUGAAAUGAAGGCAACAGAUAUUUUGGCUGAUGCUGGAGGAAAUCAACAUGGAAUAUUUCUCAGGCAAUGCGAUGAGAAAAUGUUGAGAUUUUAAACACAUAGGUUUUUAUCCUUUGCCAUUUCAUUGCAAGUCUUUCCUGAGAAGCAUUGCAAGAGAUACAAAAUCAAAGUCUUAUUACAGAACCCUGCUGAUUCAUACAGUGAUUUUGUUUAAUGCACAUAGUAGUUGCGUAAAUAUAUAUAUAAAUAUAUUUUUUUUAUAGCUAACACAAGGCAGGCUCUUGUGACUGUUAAGACUGCAUUUUUGUCAUCCAGACGAAGGAAACGGAUUGCAUUACUGCAUAUUUCCACUGAGUUGUAAAAUAAUUCUUCAUAUUAGAAUAUUUUUAUGUUGCCUAGGGAAGGUGGUUGGUUUAGUUGCAGUGCUAUCACUUUUCUGCCUAGGGAACCAUCUUUUCUUUAAUAUAUCAACCCUUUUCUUCCCUGACCAGGGAAAGACAAGGUUAUAAAUUCCCCAGUGAAAAACAGAGAUAUCCAUUUGGGUGGAAGAUCUGAGGCCCAGAUCUUCAGGGGAAGUUAGGUACUUAACACCUGGAGGAUCUGUGCCUAGCCUACUCAAAUUUUAAAUUCAGGUAUUGUAUGUACAUUUCAUUGUGGUCUUUGACUAUCAGAUCUUUUACAUACUGUACAAACAGUCUCAUUUGAAUCAUUCUUAUGCAUAGUAUUCAACAUUUGCAGUUUCAGGUCUCAAGUAGUUUAGACACCUUGUAGGUACCACCUUAAAAAUGCAGUUAUUUACAUUUCCUGUUGAUGCUUGUAUGGUCUAAAUUUGAUUACUUAUUUCUGUUUUAAAAAUAACAUGAUUUCUACUUGUUAUUUUCUUCAGUAAAUAAUACAAUACUGUAUUUUCUGUAUUCAUUCUUUAUUCUGUGUAAUACAUUUUUUGUCUGCUUUACAGCAUCCCUUGUGAGAUUUGAAAUGUUCAAAACAUAGCUAGAAUUAAUUUGAAGCUACUAACCACCAUGUCUUGAGGUCUGGUGAAAUACCUGCAGCAAUCACUCUUCAAUUUGUAUGGCUCUAUCAAUCCCUGUUUCUAAUAGGGAGGGAUUAAAUUGCAGGCUGGUAAUUCAGAUAGCAAUAACCAAAUGUAUGCACAUAUAUAUCUGAUUACACUUAUUUUUAAAAAGAUGACGGUGCACAGAAUUUAAAAAAAAACUUUGGCAGUCUGAGGCUUGCUAUCAGUUUCUCUGGGUUAUUCAAGGUAGACUGAAAAUUUAGGUUUGAUUGCUUUAAUAAAUAGGAUUGAUUCGUCUAAUAAAACAAUUAAAGAAUUUUUGCUUGGAA